UCAAUGCAAGAAACAGUGAAGCAAAGUGAGCAGGAAAGUAAUCAAGGUAACACUUAAGCCGAAGAAAGAUGUAAAAGGGGCUAAACAAUAUCCAAAUAAAAAGGGCCAUUGAUUUAAACUCAGAAAUGGAAGCCUCUUCGAGGGGAUGAAACAAUUCUAAACUCAAAUCUUCUCCAAAUAUUUAUUGCAGAUUACUUUAAUUUUCACUGCUUAUUUCUUUGAUAAAUUACUUCAUUAAGUCUAGCUUCUCUAUCAUCUUUGGUGAAGUUUUAACUUAAAAAUUGAUUCGGUUGCUCAAAGAAUUUGAGCCAAUAUUUAUCAGGGCUUUAUAACAAUAACAUGACUAUUUUUAAAGAUAUUUCUCGCUAAUAAUCGGUCUGCUCGCUUUAAUUACCUAUUUUCUAAUUGAUACAGCAAUGAUUGGCCAAUUAAUUUCACUGAUCUAGAAUUAAAAGUGACAAAAAGAGGCUACCAUAGAAGACUCAGUUUAUUUCCAAUUCACGAGCAAGCUAAGACACACAAUGAUACUAUCAGCGAGGUUCGGAACAUCAAAGCUCAGUUCAGGCUUUCUGUCAAAAAUACCAAGAAAGUAUUGCGGGAGUCCCAAAGACGUCUCACUCUGGACCAAGUGGAAGACAUUUUAAAGGGCAACCAUGGUCUCGAGACUAUUGGAAUAGAAGACUUCAAAAAGAUGGACUUCAAGUUGUCCAGUUCAGAAAUCGACAAGACCUUCAAACCCGGAAAUCUCUGGAGAGAGAUGUUUAACUACACGAAUAGUCAUGACAAGUCCUCUCUCAUAAGCAAGUACAUCUCUGAAGAAAUGAUCAAGAAAGAAAUCAGAUGCCUUAUUCAGGACAUGAAAGUGAAGAAGACGAUUUUCAAGAGUUUUAACUUAUUUAAAGCGUACUUCUUCGAAAAGAUCCUGGCUCCUCUCCACAGUAAAAGCCAGGACCCCCGAUCUUUUGAAUCAAGAAAACUGAAGUUGCUCAUGAAGAUUUUGUCAACUCAAGAGUUUUAUAUCCAAGAAAAGAAGACUUCACCAAAACAAUUUUAGAGAAAAAGAGUUCAAGCAAAGAAGACCUAAGUACAAUAUGUGCUCUAACCGUAUUAGGAAGCAUUUGCCAAGGCAGAAAAGACAUGAAGAGUCCAUUGAAAAUUUCAAGCAAAUUUAAUAUUUCUCUUAUGAGCACUUU